AUGAAAAAUCAACACGAUGAUGACGAAGGAGACCCCAACAAUCACCUUGAAUGCGCCAAAGAGGAGUUCUCACAACGAAACAUUCAAGUUGGAACUCUGCAAAGAAGAUUGAAAUCUCGACAUAUUCAGUUCCUCGCAUUAUCCGGAGCGAUAGGAACAGGACUUUUUGUGGGCGCAGGCCAAGUUAUAUCCCUAGCUGGGCCAUUAUCUGCUGUGCUUGCGUAUUUUAUUACUGGCUUCAAUCUCUAUGCCGUUAUCAAUAGUAUGGGUGAAAUGGCUACUUGGCUCCCUCUUCCCGGUGCAGUCCCUAUUUAUGCCAGUCGAUUUGUCGAUGAGGCCUUGGGAUUCACACUCGGUUGGAAUUAUUGGUACCAGUUUGCUAUUGGCGUCCCCAUUGAAAUUAGUGCUGCGGCACUGGUGAUUGACUAUUGGCCAAAUGGGGUCUCGUCGGCAGUUUGGAUCACGAUUCUCUAUGUGGCAAUCUUUGCGAUCAACAGUCUUCCUGUUCGAGUUUAUGGAGAACUGGAGUUCUUUCUUGGAUCUAUUAAAAUCAUCACCAUAAUUGGUCUUAUGUUGCUUAUGUUCAUCAUCACUCUGGGUGGAUCGCCGAAUCAUGAUCGCAUCGGAUUCCGAUAUUGGCAAAACCCAGGCGUGAUGAAUACUUAUCUUGAGCCUGGAUCUCUUGGACAGUUCUUAGCUUUUUGGAAGGUUUUCAUUCAGGCAACGUUCAGCUAUGGAGGCAGUGAGAUGGUAGUCGUUGCGGCGGGAGAGACCGAAAAUCCCCGACGAAACAUUCCGAAAGCCGUACGUCGUGUGUUCUGGCGAAUUGCCAUUUUCUACGUCGGAAGCAUUUUCCUGGUCUGUCUUUGUGUCUCUUCGCGAGAUGGGCGACUGCUAAAUGCCAUCGGUUCCGGAAAAUCGGGCGCGGGAGCAAGUCCGUUUGUGAUUGCCAUUGAGAAUGGGGGAAUCAAAAUACUGCCUUCAAUAAUCAACGCAGUCAUUCUUACAUCGGCCUUGUCCGCAGGAAACUCUUUCUUUUAUGCCUCUACUCGAAUUCUUUAUUCGACAGCACUCGAUGGAAAAGCACCUGGGUUCUUGAAGCAUGAAAAAUUCGGCGUACCAUAUGCAUGUGUGGCUGUGACGGCAGCGUUGAGUCUUCUCGUCUAUUUGAAUGUCUCUUCAAGUUCAGCAGACGUUUUCUUCUGGAUCAGUAACUUGAGCUCGGUCAGUACCCUAAUUGUGUGGACAUCCAUCGCAAUCACCUAUAUCCGGUUCCAUCGGGGACUCAAACACCAUGGCAUUCCACGAUCUUCGCUCCCGUUCAAGGCGCCCUUCCAGCCAUACUUGGCAUACUUCGCUGCUAUCUUCUCUUCAAUUGUUGCGCUUUUCAACGGCUUUGACGCUUUCUUUCCUGGUCAUUUUAGCGCCAAAACAUUUGUUCCACCCUACAUCGAUAUCCCUAUCUUUGCGAGUCUCUUUCUAGGUUAUAAAUUCAUCAAGAAGACGAAGCUUGUCAAACUGGAUAAUAUGGACCUGUGGUCUGGGAAGGAGGAAGCAGAUGAGCUGGAGAGCACAUGGGAAGAGCCUCAGCCUCGAAACUUUCUUGAGCGUAUCUGGUUUUGGAUAGCUUAG